CGUGCACUGACUGAAGCUGCUCUGCAGUCAUGGUGUCAGUCCUGCCCACAGAGGAGGGCAACGUGGCAGUGGUGGUGCGGGUACGGCCCCAGAAUCACCAGGAGCGGGAAGGGUGUCGUCAUGCUGUGGUGCAAGUGAUCGAUGACACCAUGUUGGUGUUUGACCCUGAGGAACCCCGUCUGUCAGGAGUCUUUGCAGGCUUCCGGGGGCAUGAUGCCCCCAAGCGGAAGGGCAAGGACCUGAAGUUUGUGUUUGACCAAGUGUUCGGUGAGAGUGCCACCCAGGAGGACGUAUUCCAGCACACAACUAAGGAGAUCUUGGACGGGGUGCUGAAUGGGUAUAACUGCUCUGUGUUUGCCUAUGGUGCAACAGGCGCAGGGAAAACCUACACCAUGCUAGGCUCUGAGAGGAGCCCAGGCAUCAUGUUUCUCACCAUGGUGGAGCUUUACAAGAGAAUUGAGGCAAUGAAGGAGGAGAAGAGCUGUGAGGUGCUCAUCUCUUACCAGGAGGUGUACAAUGAGCAGAUUCAUGACCUCCUGGAGCCGAAGGGCCCUCUGGCAAUCAGGGAGGACCCAGAGAAAGGAGUUGUGGUACAGGGUCUCUCCUUUCACCAGCCCAAAUCAGCACAGCAGCUCCUAGAGAUGCUGGCAAGUGGGAACAGAAACCGCACACAGCACCCCACAGAUGCCAAUGCUACCUCCUCUCGCUCCCACGCGGUCUUCCAGGCAAGUGGCAGCAGUGACAUCUGCUAGAAUGUUGUCAGGACUCUUGUCUGCGGGCUUCCAUGCCUAAGUUGAGCCAUACGGAGAAGCAGGAAGAAAGUGCCUGCAGCCUUGCAAUGCAGGGUCUCCUGUUGCCAUUUCUGUUGAGUAUAAUCAGCAGGGAGACUGUGUCUUUCUCUGGAGAAUCUGGCAAUAGCUACUGUCAGACAGGACACUAGGCUGGACCGUUGGUUUGUCCUUGCAGCUAGAGCAGACCUAGCUGGGCCAUCCACUUCCUCUCUGCCCUGCCAGCGCGGGGUUCUCUUGCACUGUGUGCAGUGCCGGGACUCCUCCCUUCCCUUGAGAGACUCGACUCUCUACUAGAUUUCACCGCCAAGAAGCUUUUCUUAACACUCGGCCUAAAGGUUCCCUUGUUUGUUUGGUGUAAAUACAAAUUAUUUCCCUCCCCCUCCCUGCCGUCAGGAUUUGGCACGCUUUACAUACGGAGCUCCGACUCUCCCCCCGGCCUAUCAAGUGCUUGCUGCUCUGGAAGCUUUUCAAUUUCUCUUCAUACUGUAGUUUCCACGAUGGAAAAAACGAGUAACUCCAGGACUGUCCAAAGAGACGUGGAUCUCUCUGACUGCAGGCUCUUCUCCAGCUCACACUCAGUCAGCCCAGCUCUCCUCGUUCUUGGCUCCCAGGGUUUCUCUGAGGGACUUUUCCUCACCGGGAUUAGCUGUUCUCAAGGUCGAAUCUGCCAUUGUGCUGACACUGACUAGCCAGUUCCAGUCCAACUUAGGGCACUCAGCCAGGAGGAAGGAUUAGCUGUUAGGGCCUGGACCUGCAACUGGCCACUGAAGUCCCUCCUACUGGUGGCUUCUGCUUUUCCUUUAGGCUGGCAAUUAAAGGAAGGUACCUCUGUGUACGGAGGUAGGGCUGAUUGUUAGUUCUCCUCAUAAGAACAUUAGAAGGGCCACACUGGGUCAGACUAGCUGUCUGUCUAGCCACGUACCCUGCCUCUGAUGAAGGAAAAGGGCAGUUGUCUGGUCAUGCAUCCAUCCCCUGUUGUUCAGCAUCAGCUUCUGGCAUUUGGAGGCUUAAGGACACCCAGAGCAUGGACCUGUCCUCCAUGAUCUUACCUAGUUCUUUUUUGAGAC